AAACCACCGAACGCAACCGCACAGGGCACAGUAUAAAACGACGGCUCCUAGCAAGCGGUAGCUUUUAGUUCAGUUCCAGCUGGUCAGGCAGGCGUUUGCAAGCUACUUUCUUUUCCACGGGCCACUUUGAUGUUGGAUUCUGCUGUUUCGCCGAUCUUUGUUUUGAUUCGCUUUUGUGAGACGCUUGUUGUGAAUAAUAAAAGGGCACAAAUUGUAUUGGGAACGCGCGCACGCAGUGUGAGUCUAGUUGGAGGAACUGAAACCGCGAAGAAGCAUCGAUUGCGCGGCGCGAUUAGAGAUUAGAGUGAAGCUGGUGAGAGAUUGGAUUUCUUUGUUCUUGAGCGAAUUGGAAUACGCGGUUGAGUUUAGUGCAGAACUGUGAACAACAAAUUUGAUUGUGCUGUUUGAGGCUGUGUAAUCUCGCAUACAAUUGGGACGAUUGAAGGUUGACGCCGUAAGCCGGUCAUAAAUUAGCUUUCUGGAUGUUUUAAGAGAACCAUGUAAGCUGGAUAUCUUACCACAAACGCUCUUACCGUUGACUCACAGCGUAUAAACUUCAAACAGUGAAGAACCAGUGAUCCUUUUUCGUUGCGGCAAGAGAGAAAGAGAACAACAAACGAUCUGUUAGUGAUUGUGCAUAAAAUCUAUUUUUAAGUGUAACUACAAAAUCUUCCAAGACACAAAAAGUGUGAGUGUAUUGAUCGGCAAGUUUGGUGAAUUAUUCUGAAACCGAUAACCCAGUGGACGGAAAGUUUCAAAAGUCGGAAGAACCCUACGGUAGCGAUUCUUGGAAAAGCAUUCCCUUAUAUUGGAUUUUAUUGUUAAAGAACUAGUGACCCAGAGACCGACAUACGUAGGUUGUUUUUUUGUUACCAACUUGACCGGUCCCUGUUGAAUGGCCACCAAGAUGAAUUUGUCAUUUGCUGGAUGCGGAUUUCUCGGAAUCUAUCACGUCGGAGUGGCAGUCUGCUUCAAAAAGUAUGCACCCCAUCUGCUGCUGCACCGAAUCAGUGGAGCCUCGGCCGGUUCCUUGGCUGCCUGCUGUCUGCUGUGUGAUAUGCCGUUAGGUGAAAUGACCUCGGACUUCUUUCGGGUGGUGAACGAGGCGCGCAGCCACUCGCUGGGUCCGUUCAGCCCGCGGUUCAACAUCCAGACGUGCCUGCUGGAGGGUCUGCAGAAGUUCCUGCCGCCGGAUGCGCACGAGCGCGUCAACGGCAAGCUGCACAUCUCGCUGACCCGCGUCUACGACGGCAAGAACGUCAUCGUGUCGCAGUUCAACAGCCGGGAGGAUUUGCUACAGGCCCUGCUGUGUGCGUGCUUUAUCCCGGUCUUUUCCGGCCUGCUCCCCCCUCGCUUCCACGGUGUACGCUACAUGGACGGGGCGUUCUCGGACAAUCUCCCGACCCUAGACGAAAACACCGUCACCGUGAGUCCGUUCUGCGGCGAGUCGGACAUUUGCCCCCGUGACAACAGCUCCCAGAUGUUCCACGUCAACUGGGCCAACACGAGCAUCGAGCUGUCCAAGCAGAACAUGAACCGCUUCGGACGUAUCCUGUUCCCGCCACGACCAGAAAUCCUAUCCUCAUUUUGCCAGCAAGGCUUUGACGACGCGUUGAACUUCCUUCAUCGCAACAAUUUGAUCAGCUGCACCCGGUGCCUCUCGGUGCAGUCGACCUUCUCGCUGGCUGAUCAGCCAACGCAGCUUGAAGAUCAGCUCCUGGAGGAGUACGAUCCUGAGUGCAGCGAGUGCAAGGAAUGCAACGAACACCGACAGAACGCCCUGGACGGAAGCAUGCCGGACACUGUGUUAACCGUUUUCCAGACGUACAUCGAGGAAGCAAACAAGGGACUGAUGAACUGGGUGUUCCGACACCGAGGAGCUAGACUGCUGAAGGCAUUAUCACUUCCGGCCACAUUGCCAGCGGACAUCAUGGUCGCUACGCUUAGCAAUGCCGUUGGCGAACGUGUUGAACGGCGCCAGUUCCGGUUCAAAGUUCUAGGUAACAUAGUCUGCCCCUCGACUGGCAGUACGGAUGGUGAAUAUUUAGGGGGACCGGUGAAUUCCCGCUGCAGCAAAUGCCGAACACGGCAGCAGCGCGCAUUAGCACUGGCCGGAAAAGCCGGAAGAGCUACGGUGAAUAUUCACACCGCGCCGAGACUGGAGCCAGAAAUGGAUCCGUUGCUCCAGGCACUAGAGAUACGUCUGAGACGACUCCUGGUAGCGACUCCCACGAUCGGAAGUCAGCUCUGGUCCGUUAGUAAGUUCGCCAUUAAAACCCUGAACGCAAUUCUGCAGCGAAUUCGUCGGGAGCAGCAGAUGGCAGCCAGUUUGGAGUGCCAGGUGGCCUACACAGAGUACUCCGGAAGCGGAGGAAAACUGGUUGGCACCCGUACCAAAAGGCUAAGCCACCGGGCCUCUGUGGGGUCUCUGGUAGACGUGCGGGUUGAUAGCGGGAACGAAUUAAUUGUCAUACCGGGUGGUAGUGCACUUGUAGCCGCCGAGAGUGACCUAGUUGAGAUUCGUCAGCUAGGUCGGGACCGCGACGGAGGUGACGAUGUACAUCCGGAUUACGAUACAUUUGAUCACAUUCUGGAGGCCACCUCUCAUCACGAUGCCAUGUAUGCUUACUACUAUCUGGACGCCGACAAUAAGGUGAAAGUAACGGAGAUAUUCGACAUGACGGACGAUGGCAGCCCGGCACUGCAGACGGUCCAGGAACGAGAGGUGAACCAACAGCUGGAGUACGACAACGAUUGGGAAACGAGACAGCCAGAUUUCCUCUACACCGAUUCGUACGAUCGAGACAAUCUAAUGGACUUCGAUGAGCUGUUCGAUCCUCACAUGCAUCACUGUCGGCAUCACUACGGCCAGCUUCAGCAGCAGAACCAUUCCGUUGAUCCGGUGGCGACUUCAGCGGCUCUCCAGCAGUGGCAACAGCUCCAGAUCGAAGAACUUCCCAGCGACGACGGCGACAAUGAUACCUUGUACCUUCAACCGGAAGCGGACCAGCAGCAAGCCUUACUUUCGGAAGCCACUUCGCUCCUGCUCAGCAAGCCGCCUGCCUCUUCGGUCUACUCGAUCGUUGAAAUGUGAUCCGUUCUAGUGAUGGGGACUAAAUAUCCCCCGCCAGGACCUGCAUUAUAUGCACCAUGAUGAUAUUAGCGCAUUAACGGAAACCAUACAGUUACCAUAGCAAGCAACCCAAAAGUGAUGCAAUGUGCGAGAAUCUUUGCUUUCAAUGUGUGAAUGAGAUGUGUGAAUAGAUGAAGCGUGUUGAAUCAUGUUCUCACAACUGCGAGUUGUGCGUUUUUAAUCAAAUCGAAUGCUUACGGAUACGAAAGACUGCGUACCAGUAGGAGAAUCAAUAGGCAGGAACCUAUGUGACUCUAUCAUCCCUCAAAAAGCGAUAAUUAGGCGCGAUUCUGAAGUUUGCGGUAAAAGAGAAGUGCUUGCACGCACGCGAGAGAAAGUUAGCUAUCAUUUCAUCAAGUAGAUUAACCGAACCAAAUCGUAUUUUUGUCUUAUCAAACAAAAUAACUGAAAACCGAAUUGUGAUGUUCGAGAAAGUUACGAGAGAGUGGAAACUUCUCCAGGCUGUGCAAUCGGGAGAGUUUCCCCAGAUCCGAGUCCAGUCUAAUAAGCGAGAGCGCUACGCCCCGUAAAUCGUAAUCGUAGGCUAGAAGCGAACCGUAGAUCCUAAUCAAAUGAAACCAAUGUACCUUAGUAGUAGCAAAAUGAAUAGUAGCGUACGUUUAACUCGAGGAUUAUGGAACAUGAAGUUCUAGCGCUAAGUUAGUUAUUUUGCCUUGAUGACUAAUUGUGUUAGCUUUUUUUUAUUGAUUUGAAACUAUGUCUCGUGUUUUAUGAUUUGCAGAAGAAGGCAAUGAAAAUAACUUGCGUUUGUUUUAGGAUAUGAAUGCUUUACCAUAGUUUGUUUUAUAAUUUAUAUUUAUGCAGCAUACGAAGAAACAUAGACGGUGAUAUAACCGCAGAUCCAUUAUUUAUAUUUUAUGCGAUUAUUUUACGAUGAAAUAAAUUUUCUAAUUGUGAAGAUUAA